AUGGAUGAAUAUGCAGUUGACGUCUUCGCCAAUCGUGAUGAGCCAGUGCCACUCAUCACGGUCUCGCAGAGUGAUGUUGAGGCUUCUUCCAGCGAAGCCGACUCCAUCAGUCGCCGGAGUCGACUCAAGCGCUCGCCAUCACCAUCUCGCUUGAAGACUAAAGGGCAAGAAGUCGCUGCAGUUCAACUUGAGAAGAGCGAGCUGAGCCCAGCCUCCAAAGGUUCACUACAAGACCGACUUUUCUCCAAAAUACUUCAACAAGUUGUCCCAUCGUCAGAGGAUGUGGAUGAUGACCUGGGUGGUUCGCCUGUUGACCGGCGGUCGUCAACAUAUGUUUCUCGCCCUGCCUUCUCGCUGCCGCUGAUGACGAAUAAUUUUCGCCGUUUCAAUGCACGCAUUGGUAUAGUCUUCGUCUUUCAGAACCGACUAAUCCGCCUCUUCACCUGGAGAACCCCAUCUCAUACUCUAUCAUUCCUCGCCACAUACACCUUUGUGUGUCUGGAUCCAUACCUUCUGAUCGUCGUUCCACUCGCAGUGGCUUUAUUCUUCAUCAUGGUCCCAGCUUUCACCUCGCGACACCCACCUCCACCGCCAGCGACUAUCAUCUCCAGCACCACUCCAUAUUACCAUCAAAACUAUGCAGGCCCUGCACUUGCCCCAGCAAGGACGAUCAAACCCGCCAGCGAGACCUCAAAAGAUUUCUUCCGCAAUAUGCGUGACCUGCAAAACUGCAUGGCAGACUUUAGCAAUAUGCACGACUUUCUAGUAUCGACAAUUGCACCAGCGACUAACUUCAGCAACGAGACAUUUUCUUCCCAGCUAUUUGUGUAUUUGACCAUUCUCACUACUCUAUCGUUCGUCUCCGCGCAUCUUUUGCCGUGGCGGCUGAUCCUACUGGUGGCAGGCUGGGCAACCACCGUCAGCUCCCAUCCCACUGCACAGCAAUGGCUGGCACGAAUGCAAAAGCGCGCUGAACGACAAGCUUCACUCGCACUCAGCGACCCCACACUAAAACACCAACGGUUCAUUCGUGGAAUCCCUCUACCAGCCACGCCGGCCGUGAUGCAAGCCACCCUCCAUUCCCUCUCUGCCGUUACACUCUCCACUACGCCAGAGACUCAGGAAGUCGAAGUUUUCGAGCUCCAACACCGCCCACUCACAUCCGUUUCUUCUUCAGCGAACGCUUCAGCGGCCGAAUGGCAACCUCACCUCUUUACACCCACUCCAUACGAUCCACUCUCCCCCUCCCGUAUCGCAGGAGACCGCCCACGAGGCACACGUUUCUUCGAAGACGUGGCCCCACCAGAAGGAUGGGAGUGGGCGAGCAAGAAAUGGGAACUCGAUCUGGAAGCCGGUGAAUGGGUGAAUGAACGACUGGUCGUGGGCGUCGAGUAUGACGUGUUGCAUCAUGCCAACGAGGACGACGAUCUCGACGAUAAUGACGAAGCUAUAGAUACUAAGAGUAUAAGCGGAGGCACCGACCCAGAAAUCCAACCCCAACAUCACUCACACCGCAAAUCAAGCUCGAACCAACUCCAACGGCGGCGCGAGAGUGUGAAUCUAGACUUUGGUGGCUGGGUAUGGGAUCUGCCCCCGGUCCCAGGCAGCGGCCUGAACCGAGACGAUGAUCUGUGGCUGGCGUACGGUGACUACGAGCUCCCGAGGCCGAUAGACGAGCGAGAGAAGGAGCGGAACAAAGCCGCCGCCGCCGCAGCGAGGAAAAAGGAGAAAGAGCUCAAAAAGAAGGCAAGUAGCAGCGCUGCUAAAAAUAGUCUGGGGAGUGUCAGGGACUGGGAGGAGGCCACCAGGCUGGAGAACAAAGGUCGCACCGGCGAAUGGAGGCGGAGGCGGUGGGUGAGGUUGGUGAAGAGAAUAGUUGUUGGCAGUGCCGGUGCUGGUGCCAAUACAGCUGCUGCUGGUUCUUCUUUGCCUUCUUGA